AUUUCAAAUUGUUCUGUUGUUUUUCCGUCAGCAGAGUCUCGCGCGCUUUAUGUUAAUGAGCUCCUUCAUCGCGCGCACGAGCCGUGUGGAGUUGCUGCGCUCGUGCACCGUCCGUUAGUUGGUCUCCGGUUGGUCCGGCGCUCCUCGGUCCGGUCCUCUUCUCUGUCCUCUCCUCGGUCCGGUCCUCUCCUGGGUCCUCUCCUCGGUCCGGUCCGCUCCCCGGCUCCGCUGUCGUGUCGUGCCCGCUCUGCUCGGCAGUCUGUCGGCGUGGACUCGGUUCGUUGUCCCGGUUUUCCUCUUUCAAAGUUCGGUCUGUUCCAGCCGGUUCUGCUCCAGUUCCCCCCGCUGACGGUUCGGUUCUCCAUCUCCUGGUUCCACAUCUGCCGCCUGCUCCGUGUUUUUACGCUCCGGACCUGUCGGCUCCUGGUCCGGUUCGGUUCGUUCCUGGUCCGGUUCCCUUCGUGUCAGACAUGGGUUGGAGUGUGGUGGUCCCGGUUCUGCUGGCAGUCAUCUGUGUUGGACUGGGAGUACCGGACGGACCGGACAUUCAAGUGAUCGACGUGCUGAGCCUCCAGGACUCCAGGCAGAGCGUGGCGGCCGUGGAGAAGCUGUCGGCCGGUCUGAGCGCGCUCAGUGACGUGUACGUGGUGUCCACGCUCAGGCUGCCCGUGAAGCUCGGCGGGGUUCUGUUGGGUCUGUACAGCAAACAGGACAACAGGAAGUACCUGGAGCUCGCCGUCAUGGGGAAGAUCAACAAAGUUCUGGUCCGGUAUGUCCGGGCUGACGGGAAGCUCCACACGGUGAACCUGCAGAACGCCGUCCUGGCUGAUGGGCGGAGUCACUCCAUCAUCCUGAGGCUGGGCGGGCUUCACCGUGACAACAUGAACAUGGAGCUCUACGUCAACUGCCGAUUGGCCGACUCCAGCCAGGGCCUGCCGCCAUUGGUCCCUCUGCCCAGAGAGGCGGAGAUGGUGGAGAUCAGACACGGACAGAAGGCCUACGCCCGACUACAGGGGGCGGUGGAGUCCCUCAGACUGGCUCUAGGGGGCAGCGUGGCCAAAGCUGGAGCUCUGACUGACUGCCCGUUUCAAGGAGACUCUUCAGCCUACAACUCAGUGAGCGGGGAGGUCCACUCCAUCCUCGGUGACCACACCAAGGCUCUGAUUGGUCAGCUCAUCAUCUUCAACCAGAUCCUGGGAGAGCUGCGACAGGACAUCAGAGAGCAGGUGAAGGAGAUGUCUCUGAUCAGGAACACCAUCCUGGAGUGUCAGGUCUGUGGUUUCCAUGAACCUCGGUCUCGCUGCUCUCCAAACCCGUGUUAUAAAGGCGUGUCCUGUAUGGACAGUCUGCAGUAUCCUGGAUACACCUGUGGACCCUGCCCACCUGGAACCACCGGGAACGGGACACACUGUCAGGACAUCGACGAGGUAACACGUUAACCCCCCUCUCUGCACGUCACGCGUUAACCCCCCUCUCUACGCGUCACGCGUUAACCCCCCUCUCUACGCGUCACGCGUUAACCCCCCUCUCUGCACGUCACGCGUUAACCCCCCUCUCUACACGUCACGCGUUAACGCCCCUCUCUACACGUCACGCGUUAACCCCCCU